AUGAUGAGCGGAAAGAGAAAACGCGAAUGUCUAUCCAUACACGUGGGACAGGCGGGUGUCCAGAUGGGGAACGCCUGUUGGGAACUGUAUUGUCUGGAGCACGGCAUCCAACCGGACGGACAGAUGCCGUCCGACAAGACGGUGGGCAGUGGCGACGACUCGUUCAACACGUUUUUCUCUGAGACGGGUAGUGGUAAACACGUGCCCCGGGCUGUAUUCGUGGACCUGGAGCCUACCGUCGUGGACGAG